GGAGCAAACGAGCAUACGCCGUACGCUUCCAUUUUCUCGAGCAUCUCAAACGGAAGGCAGAGCACGUGUUGCGUGUAGCCGGUCCCUGCAUUCGCACGAUACCGAUUCAUUCGUGUAAGAGGAGGAUUUAACGGUAAGAAACGUAUUAGUCAGAGUCACUUCUGACCCUUGCGGCCCCGUCGUCUUAGUGCACAACAGAGGUUAAAGCAUGAAUCCCGAGAAGCUCAAGAAGCUCCAGGCUCAAGUGCGAAUUGGUGGCAAGGGUACACCCCGACGCAAGAAGAAGGUUGUACAUGCAACUGCUGCCACAGAUGACAAAAAAUUACAGAGUUGUUUAAAGAAACUUUCAGUAAAUACAAUCCCUGGCAUAGAAGAGGUUAAUAUGAUUAAAGAUGAUGGUACAGUCAUCCAUUUUAAUAAUCCGAAGGCUCAGGCUAGUUUGUCUGCUAAUACAUUUGCCAUCACUGGUCAUGGAGAAAACAAACAAAUAACUGAAAUGUUACCGGGAAUAUUGAGCCAGCUUGGCCCUGAAGGUUUGACACAAUUAAAACGAUUAGCAAGUACAGUUGCUGGAAGUGCGGUUGGGAAAACUACAUUGGAAGAGGAUGAUGAGGUGCCUGAUCUAGUGGAGAACUUUGAUGAAGCUAGUAAAGAAGAGGUAGCACCAAAAAAUGAAUUGGAAGAAAAUAAACCCAAUGGUGAGAAGAAAGAUACUAUUAUUAUUGAAGAGAAGAAAGAAGCUCCAUUAGCUACAUCUGAAGCUUAAGAAUGAUGCUAAGAUAUUUCAUACAACAAAGUUGUAACAAAUAAAUAAUUGAUGAGUCAAGAGAAGCUUGUGACAGAGAAGCAAUGAUGCAUAACUAUGCAUAACUAUACAUACGUUACAAAUACUUGACAUACACCCCAUAACAUUAAAACAAGUAACAGUUGACAAGAAAUAAAAAAAGCUGUUACAAAAAUUAAA